AUGGGCAUGCACGGACGCCUCACCUUCCUCCUCCUCCUCCUCCUCAGCCUCAGUGCCCCAGGGACUUUCGUCAGAGCGGCAGCCCUGCCUGACCUGCCACGCGUGGUGGUCCUGAGCGAGGAUGCGGUGCCGGGCACCUGCGUGGCCAAGCUGACCGUGUCCUGCAGCAACGUGAGCAGCAGCCCCAAUGUCACCCUGCACGGCAUCGAGCCCGGCCACCCCUUCAACCCCAUCGCCAUCAGCGCUGACCCCGUGGCCCCUGCCACGUUUCAGGCAGAGGUGCGGCUGGGGGACAGGGAGCAGGGCAGGAACCCAUGGGCUCCUGCUGAGCGCCACGUCCCUGCGCAGGUGACGCUACGUGCCGGUGCGGAGCUCGAUGCCCGUCAGGUGAACCAGUACACCCUGAACCUGCGGGCCGCUUGUCCCGGCGAGGACGAGGUAGAAGAGCGGCUCUUCGUCCAGGUGACAGCAGAACAGGCGCUGCGCUGUGACACCCCCUUUGCCACUGCGGGUGGAGACGUGGUGCAGGUGCUGGCGGACGUGGCACCCCGGACGCCCCUGUAUGCGGUGCUGCCGCAGCCACUUGGUGGGCUGACGUUCAGGCUCCGAAACCAUGACACACCACUCACGUUCACCCACCGGGGCCUGGUGCUGGCGCCUGCCGGUGGCUUCGACCCCAGCAAUGACACUCAGAUUUUCAGGCUGGAGAUCGAGGUGAUGGACCGCCAUGGGCACAACUGCAGCGGGGCCGUGAGGGUGGAGGUGCUGCCAUCGCACCGUCCCCGUGUCACCUUCCCUGAGCCGCAGUGGGCUGUGAUGGUGCCGGAGGGCACCGGCCCCUUGGAGGUGGUCACGCGGGUUCAUGCCAGCGGUGACAACGUCCACUAUGCCAUUCUUGCUCCUGUGGCACCCAGACUCUUCACCAUCGAUGAGGUGACGGGUGAGAUCCGCAGCACCCGCCGGCUGGAGGUGGGCCAUGCACUCCUCCUCGUCCGGGCUUACAAUGCGCUGCACCCCACCGACCACGCCACCGCCACGCUCAACGUCACCGUGCAGGGGACAGACCGGCAGGCACCGAGCUGCGUCCCAGCCAUCUCCGUGUCCCAGGUGCCUGAGACAGUGUCCCCUGGCAGCACCCUGGUGACACUGAGGUGCACUGACUCUGCCAGCACCGAGGGGUGGCUGCACUAUGCCCUUGAGGGGCCCCCCGCCUCCCACUCCCGCUUCCGCAUGGAGGGGUCACGGCUGCAGGUCAACACCACCCUGGACUAUGACUCGGAGGCCGUGGCCGCCGUGGGCUUCCAGUUCACGGCCACCAUCAUUGUGACGGCAGGAGGGGAGCCCCCACGGAGCACCCGCGUGCCCGUGCUCGUGAUGGUGACGCCCGUCAACGAAUUCACACCGGUGUGCCCCAACGGUGCCACCUUCACCGUGCCGGAGACGGCGGCUUUUGGCAGUGUUGUGGGGCGUGUGGCCGGCACCGACCGCGACUACCCACCAGACAGCCUCGAGUACAGCCUGGAGGGGGGCCCCAGCCCCGCACAGCCUUUCUCCAUCGACACGCGCACCGGCGAGAUCCGUGUGGUAGGACCCCUCGACUCUGAGCAGCACAAGAGCUACAGGCUGACCGUGCGGCUGACAGACAUCCACAACGACCUGGACCCAGCGAAGCGGCGGAGCCGCCUGUGCGAUGUGACCGUGCACCUGCAGGCUGUGCCGGACCAGGCGCCAGUGUGCACCCCUGAGGUGCAGGAGCUGCGGAUCACGGCCAGGUCGGGCGGCCGCCAGUCUGUCACCCGCCUGGCGUGCCAGAGCAGCCCCAACGGUGCCAUGCUGUCAUACACCAUCACUGGAGGUGAGGAGCAGCCAAGCCACAGUACAACCCAGCCCCUCACUGCGACCGCACUGAGCAGACCCUCUUGUCCAGGCAACGAGGAUGGGCGCUUUCAGCUGGAGGGAAACACCCUCUUCUACCUCCCCAAUCACCUGGCCGAGCCCCGCACUUUUGUGCUGCUGGUGGAGGUACGGGGAGGCCCCGGUGUCCCCCGCCGCAGCACCACGGUGGCACUGGUGGUGCAUGUCACCCCCUGGAGCACCCCAGUGCCACCCAGCACCACCACCCUGUGCACAACGCUGCUGAAGGAGCCACUGGUCGUUGUGAGGACAGAGGUGGUGUGGCACCCGCCGGCCUGGUUCGUGGCUGUGCUGACUGUCUCCGGUGCCCUGCUGCUGGCUGCCCUGGGCUGCAUGGCCCGGACCCUGCUGUGCAGCAACCGAGACUCUGGCAAGCUGCUCCUGGACAAGAGCUCCUGGGACGUGGCAGAGCAGAGCGGGGGUGAGGAGGAGCGGGGCCACCCCCACGCCGGCAGCCUGGAGCAGUUCGACGGCCGUGCCCAGGACCCACCGCUGUCUCCCAUCUCAGGCACCGGCAGGGACUAUCUCUUCAACAGCGUGACUGGGGCACGGCGCUGGAUCUGA